AUGAACUCUACCGGCGGAGCAGGUACUGAGUCUACGUUGCCCGCUUGCGCCAGGCGGAACUCUGGGGAACUCUGGCUGACCAUCCCUGACAGCAUCGGCCUUGCGUUGACGGAUACGCUCGACGAUCUCAUAAGCGAGUCUCGCAUCCAUCCGCAGCUGGCCAUGAAGAUCUUGGGAAACUUCGAUCAGGCCAUUACAGAGGCGUUGCAGAAGAACGUCCGCAGCCGUCUGCAGUUCAAGGUGAAUAGCACAGGAGAUUCCACCCCCCCGGCUCGCUGGUGGCGAAGAGGAAGUCUUGAUACGUAUCGACUUUGCGAUGAGGUGUGGACUUUUCUUAUCAAGAACGUGACAUUCAAAAUGGACAACGGCAGCCAGACGGUGGUGGCCGACAAGGUCAAGAUUGUCAGCUGCAACGCCAAGCGACCGGGCGAGGGAGCGUAG